AUGUGUAAGAGUUUUGGUUCAAGCUUAGCCGGCCCAGCACUUCAGUGGUACACAAAUCUCCCAAACGGUUCCAUUGACUCAUUUGCACAACUCACUGACACCUUCAUGGAGCAGUUCGCCAGCAGUAAGAAGCUCGAGAAAUUGUCGGCCGAUCUAUACAGAGUAUACCAGAAAAGGGGAGAACCACUGAAAGAGUACGUCAGCAAAUUCAACAAGGAGAAAAUUUCCAUUCCUGCUUGCAACCCCGAGACAGUUGUAGACACAUUCAGGAAAGGCCUCCUCCCGAAUGGGGAAUUGUACAAAGAAUUGACAAAGCUUGGCUGCACAACGAUGGAAGACGCCCUGGCCAGAGUGGUGAUACAAAUAAGGUGGGAAGAAGAUGAGAUAAAUCGAGUAAUCCACGCCAGGGAUGACUCGAGGUGGAAUGAUAGGAAGCCAGAUGCCAGACCGACCGAAACCCGCUACCAACCCCCAGCGUGUCAUUUGAAAAAAGUUAGGAAACCAUAUGACUGCCAGCCACAAUACGACUAUUGCAUUGCCCUACGUUUGGAGGUUGCCGCGCUAUUGAAGAGGGGACAUCUCCGAGAUCUGCUGACCGAUAAAGGAAAGCACACCAUUAGCCAGAAAAGCAAUAAAGAAACUUCUCCUCCCCCGCGAGAGCCCACACCAAAAGGCUUCUGCUCACUCAUCUCCGUGGGGUCAGAAAUCAGCGGGGGAAUUCAGUUCGAAGAUGAUGAGCCGAUCACCCAGGCUGCCCCUCAUCAUGAUGCUCUAGUCGUCUCUCUCCAGAUCGCCAAUAUUCUUGUGAAGAGAAUGUUCGUAGACGAAGGGUCAUCAGCGAACAUUCUGUUCCUUGCAUCAGUAAAAGCUAUGGGUUUGGAAGAAGAAAACAUCAACAGAAGGCCGACCCCACUAUUUGGUUUUAGUUUUGAGCAGAAGUACACUAUCGAAGAGAUCGUCCUUCCUAUCUAUGCUAGUGGAGUAAACAGACAGACAGUCUUCCUGGUGAUAGACGCCCCUUCACCCUACAAUGUUCUCUUGGGCCGACCUUGGAUCCACGACAUGCGAGCAGUCCUAUCCACUUUCCACCAAACAAUUAGGUUUCCUACCAAAUGGGGAGUACGAGAAAUCAAGGGUGACCCGAAAGCUUCCAGAGAUUGUUACAAGAACGCCUUCAAGGGCAAGGAUAACGCUUUAUAG